AUGCCUUCUUCUUCCGAUACUGGAGUAUCAGAUACGUUGGACCCCAUGGCGAUUGUAUCAGACGAUGAGAUACUACCCGAGGGAGAGGUUUACACGUCAGACACCACGAGCACGGAUGAUGACGACUUCCAGUCGUUUGCCCUGCCAGACGUUGCGCCUUUAGCUGAUGGCAUUCUAGCUGGGGAUCUACCUCUUGCUGAGAUCCCUGCUCCUGCUCCACUUGCCGCAUUUCCCGUAGAGGAUUUGCCACUCGAUGUUGUGUCCGAUAACGACAUCGAUCUUUUCGAGGGUCCCCCUGAGGACGACCAUGAGGGUGGGGCCCCGAUUGCUGAUGAUGUCGCCAUUCCUUUGGUUGAGGUUCCGAUUGCGGAUGCUGUUGUUUUACCGCCUGCUGAGGCUCCUGUGGAGGAGGCUCCUGCUGAUUCACCUGGUCCAGACUCGUUCGAGUCUCUGGUUUCCGCUUCCUUGCACGACCGGGGCGUGCAGCACUACUCUCCUGGCACUGACCCCGACAUAGCGAUGUUAGCUGCACCUGGUUUACCCCACACGUUUGAGUUUGAUCAUGAGUUCGAGGAUGAGUUUGAUCCAGUUUUUCCUCCUGAUUUUGAUCCCGAUCACGAGAUCGAGUUUAUUCCUUUGGACCAGCCAUUGGAGGCACCAGUGGCUCCUAUUGAUCGGUUUCUUGAUAUACCUGCCGACUUUGAUAUGGCCUUUGCUGACCCUGAGCCUGUCAUGGCGCCAGAGCCUGUUGUUGCUCAUGACUCUGUACCCGUGCACGACCCUGUUCUUGAUGAUGCUCCAGUCGUUGCACCGCCUGUUAAGGAUGCACCAACUAUUGCACCACCUAUUGUUGAUAUUCCCAUUGUUGCACCACCAGUGGUGGAUGUUCCUAUUGCUGAUGCACCCGUUCUUGCACCACCUGUUGUCGACCAUGCACCAUUUGCCACGCAUGUCGACCCUCGAUACCCUGACACCCGUAACGGGUGGAUCGACGAUGAUGAUUAUCCCCCGUUCAUGCUACCAGUCACUCCUCCUGUAGCACCUGUUUCCGUACCCAUUGAUGUUCCAUUCUUCCACCCAUACACCGCUGAUGUCCAUCGCACUGACUUGCCUAUUACAUUCCUCCAGGAUAUUCCUCCACCUCGUCCUGGGGAGGGUUCAUCGAGGCAGCAGCCUGCUUUUGCUCCACCUGUAUCGUCAUCUGUUCCGUUCAUGUCCCAGUUCCCUCACACUACACCAUCUUUUGUACCUCCGGGCGAGCCGUUUCUGUGGGCUUCGCCCAAUGUUAUGCCGUUAUCAGACCCGUAUCACCCAUUCCAUGUUGGAUACACUACAGAGGACAUACUUGCAUCCCUGCAGCUACAGUAG